AUGAACAUCUUCCAGCACGACAUCCAACAUGUGGGCCACGGAAACGUGGUGGCGAUCCUGGGUGCACAGUGGGGAGACGAAGGGAAGGGGAAGAUCAUUGACAUCCUGUCCAAGCACUCAGACAUCACAUGCAGGUUUAACGGAGGGGCGAACGCAGGGCACACAAUUUCUGUGAAUGAUAAAAAGUACGCUCUGCAUUUGUUGCCCUGUGGAAUUUUAUACGAAAACAAUAUUUGUGUGUUAGGGAACGGAAUGGUGAUCCAUGUAAAGUCUUUAAUAAAAGAAAUAAAUUCAAUUGGAGGAAAUAUAAUGAAUAGAUUAUACUUGUCGGACAAGGCACACAUUCUAUUUGAUAUUCAUCAGACCAUCGACUCGAUACAAGAAAAUAAAAAACUCAAAGAAGGCAAACAGAUUGGAACCACCAAGAGAGGAAUUGGCCCAUGUUAUUCGACUAAGGUUUCUAGGGUAGGUAUACGCCUUGGCUCAUUAAAAAAUUUUGAACAUUUUAAAAAUUUGUAUUUAAAACUGAUUGAUAAUUUAAUGGACCUAUACGAUAUAAAGGACUACAACAAGGAGGAAGAAUUGAAGUCUUUUUACGAGUACCAUUUGUUAUUAAACGAUAGGAUCAUAGAUGUAAUUUCUUUCAUGAAUAAUCAGUUGAAUGAAAAGAAGAAUGUUUUAAUUGAGGGAGCUAAUGCAGCCAUGCUAGACAUAGACUUUGGUACUUACCCCUACGUAACGAGCAGCUGCACAACUGUUGGAGGUAUUUUUUCAGGCCUCGGGAUAAAUCAUAAGAAGUUAAAUUUGACUGUAGGGGUUGUUAAGAGUUACUUGACCAGGGUUGGGUGUGGACCCUUUAUGACAGAGCUCAACAACGAAAUUGGUGACUAUUUACGGGAAAAGGGUCACGAGUAUGGUACCACAACUAACAGGCCCAGAAGAUGUGGAUGGCUGGACAUCCCAAUGUUACUCUACGUUAAAUGCAUCAACUCCAUUGACAUUAUAAAUUUGACUAAGCUGGACGUUCUGUCUGGGUUGAAGAACAUUUCCCUCUGCGUCGGUUAUCGCAGCAAAGCCACAGGCGAGCUACUGCAAAAGGGGUGCUACCCCGUGGAUGAGGACGCGCCGGAGAACUACGAACCUGUGUAUGAACAAUUCGAAGGGUGGGAGGAAGACAUAUCCAAGUGCGAAACGUUUGAACAAUUACCCAAAAAUGCUCAAAAAUACGUCUUGGCGAUAGAAAAGUAUGUGGGCUCGCCCAUCGUGUGGAUCGGAGUCGGAGCCAACCGCAAUAACACCAUUACCAAGAAGUGA